AUGUCCUCUAUUCCAAACGACUCACAGCUUCCGAAGAUUAAUAAGUUUGUGGGUGAAGGUAUUGAGAAACCGAAUGUACGAUCUAUCUAUGCUGGGGGUGCUGAUGAUGAACUUAAACGGACUCAUCGAGUUAUGAUACUCAUAGGCCCGAAAACAGCAGGAAAGGCUUAUUUAAUCGAUUUUUUCUGCAGUUAUUUCUAUGGGGCAUCAGUCAAUAGCCUAGACCGGUAUCACAUAGCUAAUGAGCAAUUCAAUGAAUUCACACCUCAAAAGCCUAUCUCGACUUAUAUUUUCAAUAACACUCGUAUGAGGUUUCGGCCAGUUCUCAUAGAUACUCCUUGUGUGGAUUUUACCAGUGAGCAGAAGGAUGUUAACUCAAUAGAUGCAUGGUUGAAAGACAAUAAUACCAUGAGAAUAGAUGUAAUAGCCGUCGUUCUUUCAUCCAUCGUUCGAUUAAGCUCUCAAGAGCAAGACCAACUCAGCAAAACAUUGAACCUGUUACCUAUCCAUGUCCGGUCAAAGUUGAUCGUCAUAAUGACGGAGAGUGACGAUUCUCCUCCGCCACCCUCGCUACUUGAACGCUUGUUCACUUACAUUCAUUUGAAUCGUCCUGUUACCAUAUCUGGAUUGCCACAUGAGAAGAAAUCCUUUCCCGGCAGUUUGAAAGACAGCGGAUCAGAAGCAUCAUCCAGCUUUUCUUCUCGACAAAGCAGUUUUCGAGAAGCCAUUCGGUCACCUAUUGAUAGUGCCAGCUCAGCAGCAAACGAGUCAUCUGACCCUCACUCAUCAAACAGUGCCCAAACUGUUAUUACCCGUCAACCGUCAGGAACGAAAGGAAUUUCAACCGAAGAACAUUUCAGUUCUGUGGACCAACGCCUAACAACAUUUUCAUCAGUCAGUGAGGUCUAUGAAAAAGCAACAACAGAAACCUUAAAACGGUUUCCUUCAAUCUUAUCAGCUAAAAAGACUGAUGAUGUUGAUGCACCGCCCCCUGCAGUGCCGUCGGCAACACGUCCACCUCAACCGCCGCCACCACCUCCACCACCUCUCUCAACAUCGCUUCCUCUUCAAAGUAGUUCAUCGAAGUUAACAAGUUCUUCAAAAACAGACAGCCUUCCUAAUCCUCCUCCUCCUCCUUUGGCUGUUCCUCAACAGCUAUUAGAAUCGAUCAGAAACUCUUCUAGGGCUAUAGGUAAAGAAGAGUCAUCUGCUGAGAUGAAAGAUGUUGUCGUUGUCAAUUACAAUGAUAAAGAGUCUGAAGUUGUUGUUUUGAAUCACAAUGAACCCCAACGAUCGAGUCGUUCGUUCUCUGAAACUAUUUCUAAGAUGACAUCCAGUCGCGAAGUUAUUUCUCAUGAUUCCACUUCUCAUGUGCCUCCAAAAACACCCGACUUUCCGCCUCCGAUGAAUCCAAUAUCUCGUCCGUAUGACCUUCCACCUUCAGGAGGAAAGCCUAGACGACCUCCAUUGCCUGUAUCCCCUAAUACAAACGCAACAUCUCAAAGACCAGGAGCAUUUCCCAUAUCACCCGCAAACAAAGAUACAGUCAAAGUAUAUAGCAAUGAAACAACCCCACCACCCCCAACAAGUACCAUGCCAGUAACGAAGAACGUCUCAUCGACUUACUCAACUCUUGUAUUCAUGAAUGAAAAUGGAACUUAUACAACAGAUAAGCUUAAGUCUUACACUCCAAGCAAUAAGCCGGCACAACCCGAUUCAAACGCUCACUAUACGCAGACGCCUAUUUAUCCAAGCAGUCCUCGCUCACCGUAUUCAACUUCAUUAACAGACCAAUUGAAAGAUAAAGAUAAUUUCAAGAAGAAUUCAAAUUAUCAAACUUUACCCUAUUCUGAUAUGAUAAGAAGCACAGAUUCUGAGGCACAACACUUAAGAUAUUCAACAAACGGUGACUUGGGCUCUUUAGAGCGUGGUUACUCAUCAAGCAGGUAUACGAAUGUGCCGGUAGGAGAUAUAAGCCCAGUAAGAUAUGUUUAUGAAACGGCUUCUCGUAAUUAUGUGCCUUAUGCAGUGGGGGGAAGAAGCCUUUCUAGGCAAGGGCGAGAAUUGGAAAGACGAAAACGUGAAUCAAGGUCUCUUGAACCAUUUCGCCACUCUCAAAUUGAGGAUGAACCAUAUCAUACAUCAAGUGGAUUCAUAAGAUUCCGUCGUUGUUCUCCUAUGAGACAUUCAACCAAUUCUCUUCAUCGCAUAGCUCCAGAGUUACCAGAAUUGAUUCAAGCAGAAGACAAAUAUUCCUUGAUGGAAUACCCACAAUAUCAUACGCUGCCCAAAGAAACGAUAAUUGAUUAUAAAAGUCCUACUUUCGAUAGGUACCGACCAGCAAGCUACGACCCAUAUGGAAGUGUCCGCAUUGAGAAUCCUGAUUCCAGUACCCUUCAACGGAACCAACCUGCUCGAUCAUCUGACGCUCCCACGUACUCCAUCAACCCAAAUAGAAACAGCAACGCUUUACUCUUAGAACGUGACAGGCUUUUAAGACAAACAAGGGAGGAUGUCAAAAGGGAUUCUUAUCCCAAUUCACGGAUUCCUAUUUAUCAAAAUCUUCCAAGCCAACCUCGUGAUGCUACCAAUCGGUACGAUCAAGUACCUCCUCCAGGAACUCUCAAUAGGAACUCUAUAAUGAUUCCUUCUGAACUAAGAAACGGAAAGCCAAUCCAGAUAAAUGUGGAUAUGAAGGAAAAGGACAAACACCAGAAGGAACCACAUUUGCCACCACAUGGUUAUACUGAUUCUGAUUAUGGAGAGAAUUGGGAUCCCGUUCGAAACCAAGAGAGAGGAGCCACACCGCAGAACUAUCAACAACCUCAACAACCACAGUACCAACAAUUAAGUGAGCAGCCUCAUGUUAUCGGUCAACGUGUGAAUAGCUCUUUACAACGUAACCGACCAGAUAACUUGAACAUCGGAAACGGCGCUACUCCUGGCCCAGCGAAUAAUCAAGGACAGGGACACGGGAGCAGAGGAUACGGCCAAAUACAGGAAGACGGUGUUCGAAUAACCGAAACAACUUAUCAUCCGACUGGUUUCUUAACAGAAGUCAAUGAUCCUAGAUCUCCACCUCCUCCUCCAUAUAUGACCAGACCGUAUCCAGCUACACCCGGUUACACAGGCGGUGAUCAGAUGGAACGUCAACCUCUACGAUCGCAAUCCCCUCGAAAAGGAAAGAAUCAGAAAAACGUGAAGAACCAACCGAAACGAAAAGCCACGAAAAAGACAACAAAAGUGACGACAAGAAGACGAACACAGAGAGCUCAAAUUCAAUGCUUGAAUUGGAGUCCUUCAGAAUGUGGAAACCCAAGGGACUGCUGUCUAAACUUAGUUUUCUUCUUAGUUAUUCCUCUCAUCAUACUAGCUGUAAUAGCAACGAUUAUCAUAAUCAUUGUUACAAGUCAUAAAUCAGAGGAUUAUAGGAGUACUGACUAUUAUGGAAAUAAUUAUAAUUCAUAUGGCAAUUCUAACUAUAAUAACCGAUAUCAGUAUUGA